AUGUGAUGAACUUCGGUCUCUAGGCAGCUUCUUAUUCCUGUAGUAGUACGUCUCAAUCCUGAAUUGGUCAUGCCAUGUGGCUGCGAGCGUGCUUACAUUGUCAACUUAUCAAGUCGAAUUAUCGAAGCCCAACCGACGUCAUCGCGUUGCCUGCAACUAUAGAAAAGCCCGCUUGUCUCUGGCCGCCUCUUUCGUUGCAACUGUUUAAGAUCUCCCCAAAAUCAUUCAACUGUUCUCUAUCCUCACUAUACAUCUAUUCCUCACUAAGUCAAGCUAAACACGUUACUCAUCACGAUGCCUGUCAUCCCCGAGCCUGCUAGCUUCCCUACUGCCCACGGCAGUAACAACGAUAGCCCUUCCAACUCCUCGGAGCAGAGAGACCCUGGCCAGGAUACAAAGAAAGCCUCGAUGCUCGAUCACCUGUCAAAGGGCCCUCAGAUCCCGGACAACAUGCCACCUAAAGCAACAAAGGAAGAGAUUGAGGCGCGGAAGAAGGAGCUGAACCAGUGAUUGUGCCGGACAUCUCAGAUGGUCACCUACUUUCAUACUUCAAUUGUAUUAAUCAUGAGAAUUACGUACGUUGUUUGGUGAAUGAAUUACUUUUUGACGUU